AUGCAGACCGGCACCCCUCUGAAGAUCAGCGAAGGACCCGUUCCGAUGUCGUUCCCUGCUAUCCUGCGCAACCCAGGCAUCGCCGACCGCUACGCACACAUUCGCCCCGCCAGCGUUCAUGCAUCGGUCCCUCCGGUAACGAGGAAGCUGCGCGCCGACACGAAAGAAGGCAAGCGUUGGGUGCGAAGGAGCGAGAACGCCCGGUUCGUCGGCAACCCGCACAUCGUUCCGGCGACGAGGAAGGACUAUUCCCUGACCCUCCCCGAUGUACGAUCGACGUUCCCGAAGCCGCUCCCGCCGUACCUCCCUCGGACCGCGCAGGUCCCCACUCGGGUCGCCCCCGCUCGGGAGCCUAUCUCCGCGAACGCCGGACGGUUCACGCUCAGUCUCAAGGGGAUGCGGAAGACGCUUCGACGGGCUGGCGGACCGAGGACGCAGCAACUCGUACGGGACGUCGAGACCGAAAUAAUUGCUUGGCUUCGCCACGGCGGCGUCGUGUUAUCUCCCGAUGGCGAGCAGCCCGUUCAGGCCGCAAGACCCCUUUUCGACUGCGUCUCCGAGGUAUCGCGGAGCGUGCAUCAGCUCGUCUGGUCCGUCGAGGAGGACGCGUUCGUACGCUACGUCGUGCACUGCUGCGCCCGAUACCACGACAUAGUCAGCUUCAGUAAAGAAGUGAACGGGCAGCGCCUGACGUAUCUCCUGCGACCGAACGUGGCCCAGCCGGACUUCCGGGCGAUAUCAGCCCUGGACACGCCGCCGGCGACCGACCUCUCCACGCAUGAGUUUGACUCCGAGUCGGACGUGCUGUCGCUCUCCGGUAUUGAGUCCGGAAUGGACUCCGAGGUCGAACCGGCGGGACACGCCGAUGGUUUGAGCGCCAUCGCCGAGGAUGCGUCCAGACCGCCCUCAUCUCUGGGCUUGGGCGGGGUUCCUCCUACGUUGCUUGAAGAGGACGAGCAGUGGUCGGUCAUCGGAGGGUCGGAUAUUGAUGGUGACGAGUCGGGACACGAGGGCGACAUAGCGCAAAGCAUCGGCUCUUUGUCGUUGCGGGAUGAUGUUGACGAGACGCCGCGACCGGCCACAUUGCGUCAGGCCGCGCUCCGCUCGCGCAUGCUCGAUCGUGGCAGACACAAUCGCUCGACAUCUUCCCCGUCUCCUUCCCCCGUACGACGCUCUCAGAGACCCACCCUUCGCCAGCCGCGGAUUGAACCGCCCACGGUGAAAAGAUCGCGAUCCUUUUACGAUUAUCUGUUCGCUUGA